GGCCCCUGGUGACUGUGCUCCUGCCAUAUACAGUCUGGUCCUGCUGAUUCACCACGGAGCAGGAGGAGGCGGAGUGUUUGUGCAGACAGACAGGACAGGAGCAGGAGGAGCACCGGGCUUUCAGCGGCACUUUGGGACAGUCAGAGCCGGGAAAACUGUAUCCAAUCCGGGGAGAACCCACCAGGAGGAAUCUGCCAUGAGUUGGGGAACGGAACUGUGGGACCAGUUUGAGAACCUGGACAAACACACACAGUGGGGGAUCGACUUUCUGGAGCGAUAUGCCAAAUUUGUAAAGGAGCGACUGGAGAUUGAGCAGAACUAUGCCAAGCAGCUACGGAACUUGGUAAAGAAAUACUGCCCCAAGCGCUCCAAAGAUGAGGAACCCAGGUUCACAGCAUGUCUCUCGUUUUACUCCAUCCUGAAUGAGCUGAAUGACUACGCAGGCCAGAGGGAGCUGGUGGCCGAGGAGAUGGGCCACAAAGUGUACGGAGAGCUGAUGAGGUACAGCCAGGAUCUCAAGGCUGAGCGCAAACAUCAUCUGCAGGAGGGCCGGAAGGCUCAGCAGUACUUGGACCAGUGCUGGAAGCAGAUGGACAAUAGCAAAAAGAAAUUUGAACGUGAAUGCAGAGAAGCUGAGAAAUCCCAGAUGACCUUUGAGAGAUUAGAUAACGACGUCAAUGCCACAAAAUCAGAAGUGGAAAAGGCCAAAAGUCAGUACUACCUUCGGACACACAUGGCGGACGAAAGCAAAAAUGAGUAUGCUGCACAACUACAGAACUUCAACGCAGAGCAGUGGAAACAUUUCAACAACGCAAUACCACACAUCUUUAAGAAUCUCCAGGACAUGGACGAGCGGCGGACAGUGAAGUUGGGUGAGACCUACAGGAGUUUUGCUGAAGCAGAGAGAAGAGUUAUUCCUAUCGUUUCAAAAUGUUUAGAAGGAAUGGUGUCAGCCGCCAAGGCUGUAGAUGAAAGAAAAGACUCAGCCAUUGUAGUGGAAUCCUUUAAGUCAGGCUUUGAACCUCCAGGCGACUUCCCUUUUGAGGACUUCAGUCAGACUCUGAACAGGACGGGCUCAGACGGGACAAUCAGCAGCACCCCCCGUGGAGAGAGAGAGGUCACGCCAGGACCACGGCCCGACCCACGACACGCCAUGAACAGAACCAAAAACAAACUCUGGCCUUUUGGCACCAAGAAACCCAAGUCCACCCCUCCCCCUCCUCCCCAGUCCUCAUCCACCCGUGUCCGACCAUCCUCCACCCUUUUCCCCUCACCCCGCUUCAGCACAGAUCUAGUGAGCCACUAUCUGUCAGAGAUAAAGACUACAGUACCCAGAAUCCCCCACAAUUUGAAGGGCCUGAAGAGAGGGGUGAGACAGGAAGUGGGCCCACCCCCAGAGGAUUUCAGCCAUUUACCCCCUGAACAGAGGAGGAAGAGACUACAGCAAAGGAUAGAUGAGCUCCAGAAAGAACUACAGAAGGAAGUGGAUCAGAGAGAGGCCCUGAACAAGAUGAAGGACGUAUACGGAAAGAAUCCCAAGUUGGGUGAUCCCAGCAGCCUGGAGCCGAAGAUCUCAGAAACCAUCUGUAACAUGGAGAAGCUGCGAUCGGAAAUUCACAGACAUGAGAACUGGUUGGCUGAAGUUGAGGGGAAGCAAAGCAGAGGAGACAGAAGACACAGCGCUGACAAUCAUCAUCAUGCGCCUCCAGGAAGAGAGAGUCCUGAGGGCAGUUACACAGACGACACGAGUCAGGAACACAGCACCCCUCAUCACCGCUCCCACCCCCCACCCACAGGACACAGAGCCACGGACAACGCUCACGAGUUCGACGACGAGUUUGAUGAUGAUGACCCCCUGCCUGUCAUUGGCCACUGCAAAGCUCUUUACUCAUAUGAUGGUCAGGACGAGGGGACGCUAGUGAUGGCUGAAGAUGAGGUGUUGUAUGUGAUCGAGCAGGACAAAGGCGAUGGCUGGACGCGCGCGAGGAAACAGAGUGGCGAGGAGGGUUACGUGCCCACCACUUAUGUAGACAUCACCAUGGAGAAGAACUGUAAAGGUGCUGUUACCUACAUCUGACCCUGUCCUCCCCCCUCUCCUGUCACACCCUCCCCCCAAACAGACUCUUCUCAUCUGCUGCAUGGACAAUCACCCAGCCCUCUCUUCUUCUGCAUAACUCUCCACCUGUUUCUAUCUCUCGUUGUGUCUCAUUCAUCUUUCAUCAUGUUCAAAGAGGUGAGUGUCACGUGCAGUGUGUGUUUGUAAAGAGGUUUUUACUGCUGUUUGAGCCCCAUGAGUUUAGGCUGUCCGAGAGUUUCACAAGCAAUGUUACAACAUGUGAUAUCUGCAGUACAUGAGAAGGUGUAGUUGUAAAUAAAGGGCUCAUAUUACGCUAUUUUCUGAUCUAUAUUAUAAUGUUGUCUCCUCAUCCCGCAUAUACCUGGAGUUUUUUUGCAUAUUUAGACUAAGUUCUUGUCUCAAACUGAAAACGCACACAGGAAGUGCUUCACUGUGUUUUUAGAAAUUCAUACAGCUUCAAUAGAAUCGUUUGGAUGAUUUCAGCCUUGAAUUGCCAGUCUUGACUAGACUAAAAGGUAGUUGUUUACUUGAAAACUACUGCUUCAUGACAUCACAAGGUAGAAUAGAGCAUUUUGAGCCUUGGAGGUGUAGAGAGAGUAAUAAUAAAGCGUUACACAUACGUGUGAAUGAAACAAAAAACAACUCCAGAUAUGUUUUUGAGGAGGUAACAACAUUAUGUUUCCUGAAGCAAUCUAGCUGGGACUUUGAAUGUAAUGUAGAGUGGUAGUUUGACCAACAGUUAGAUGGUUAGAUAGGUUAUAAUGUUGAAACUGUAAUUAUUUUAUCUAUGUGGCCUUACAUAGCUAAGAAAUAGAGCACCAUUUUUGUUAGAAAAGGAAUACCUUGCAUAAUUCAAAUAUCAUUCAAACAAGUUGAAGUUCACACAUGAGCUAAAGGCACGCAGUUUUGUUACACUGUGCCUCCUUCUGAUGCAGUUUCAAGAUUAGUUGGUUUAAUAUUAAUAAUACAAUACAAUACAAUAAUACAAUACAAUAAUACAGUAAUACAACCAUUGAUAUUACAAAAGCAAAGUCAACAGCAAAGUUAUGGUAGACAGUAUUCACCCUUCUCUUGAACCAUAGAAUAGAAAAUAACAUGUUGUAACUUUGUUUGUCAUUGACUCUGGGCUUUAACCACAUCUAAUCGAUCAAAGUGUUUUAUAAAUACUUUUAUAUGAUAUUAGAAACACAUGUUGUUUCGACCUUGUAAGUAUUUUGAUUUUAAGCUGUAGAUUUUACCUGAUUUUGACAUGCAAUUGGAAUAAGGUAUUGAUUUUUAUUUUCCUAAUUUGUUUUAUUUAUGUAUUAACAGUGUGCUCUCAGUGUCUACCUUGGUCUGUCUAUCAGAUAUUGUCUUCCAUUUACACAAUAAGUCUUUAUAUAUCAUUUUUAUGUAUUGAUAGAAUAUAAAAACAGUAAACUUGGCUAUCAUUUGUUACCUUAUCAUUUGCUCUUACCAUUACAGAGGUUAUGGAUCAUUUUAAUUUUAUAUCUGUAACUUUGGGUUUGGCUAUUCCCAGUGGUGGAAGAAGUACUCAAUUUUGUUACUUAAGUAAAAGUACAUACGCCAGCUCAAAAAAUACUCAAGUAAAAGUAAAAGUACCACAUGAAAAAAUUGACUUAAAAAGUAUUAAAGUGCCCGUUUAAAAAAUGUACAUAAAGAGUAAAAAGUAAAAGUAUUUUGUGCAGAUUUUGAGAUCUUAUACCAUUUCAAAUGCAGUGAUUUUCAUAAAGAUUUCUGCUUUAUUUUGUUCAGCAGAAACAACUGAAUGUCAAUCAGUUUUUAUUUGUGCAUUUUUGUGUGCUCAAAUUAUGAACAUUUUAAAAAUAAACCCCUCAGGCUUUUCAGCAGGUCUCAAACUAUCAUAAAAAAUACUUUUACUUUUCAGUCCUGUUCAAAAAUGUAAUGGAGUAGAAAGUAGAGAUACUGACUCUUAAACGUAGUAAAGUAAAGGUAAAGCAUAUCCUCUUUAAAAUCAACUACUUAAAAUCUAUACUUAAGUGCAGUACUUUAACAACUUUUACUUAGUUACUUCCACCACUGGCUAUUCCAUCUAUGCAAAGUUUUUUGCAGUAACAUGUUCAUAGCACAUUCGGUUUGUCAUAUUGUCGUUUGGUAAAGUUUUCACUAAUUAAAAAAACAACUUUGUGCACUGA